GGUCUCCGCAAUGGUUCUUUCCAGUAAUGGUAGCAGCAGCAUGGUGAAGGGGAAGCCAGCGUGGAUAAACAACAACAACGACACUUUGUGGAUUUAAACUGCUAGUUGUAAUAACAGCCAACUGUAGUUUAACAUUUGAUCAUCUCUAAACCCGAUUAGUCAAAGAAAAUUAGCAGAGACUCCGUUACACAAUGAUACUUGAGACCUGACGACUUGGGUCCUAAAGAACUUCCUGCCGUGAAGGAGGAGGAUGAAGACGAUGAUGAAGAUGAAGAGGAAGAGAUGGAAACCGUUGUUAUCAAGGGUCCAGAGGAGAAGUGGGACUGUGAAACCAUCAUCAGCACAUAUUCCACCAUCUAUAACAGACCCAAGUUGAUUCAGGAACCACAAAGGACGAAGCCGAUCCGAGUGUCCCAGAAGACGGGCAUCCCUCUGGACGUCCUUCCUACCAAAGGCCUGACCGCUAAGCAGGCGGAGCGCAUGAUGAGGAUCAACGACUCGGACCUGCCUCGAGUUUCCACCCAGCAGCGCAGCAAGGAGGAGAGCACAGAGGAGAGGAAGCAGAGGAAACUCGCCAUCAAGGAAGAACGCAAGGAGCGGAGAGUGGAGAAGAAAGCCAACCAGACGGCGUUUAAGGAGGAGAAAGUGCGACAGGAGAAGCAGAUGUUGAGCCUGAGAGCCAACGUUCAAGGCAUGAAGCUUUAAUAAACAAACUCUGCCCACACUGACUUUCUUUACCCCGCUUUGAGGCGCCAUCAGUGGACUCUUAACUUCAGUGGAGCUGAGAAACAAGUCCGAACAGGGCGACUGACGGGAAGCCGAGCCUCCAAUCUCCUCGAAUCAUCACGAGAUGCAACUUCAAAAGAGGAAGAAAUGAACUUUAUCUGCAGUUUACCAGCUCAGGAUUAAUAAAUGCUGGGUGUUGAGUAGAAGGUAUUAAAGAAGUUUGAUUUGAUUUUGUUGUUGUGAUCAUAUCGGUUAUCUUGCUUUUGGAUAUUAAAACGCUUUUAUUGCAGGUGAUAAAUGAGAAGAUCGAUACCACUCAUGUCUGUACUGAAGCAGCCCAAUGCUAACUUAGCUUAGCACAAACACUGGAAACAAGUGUAUACAGUAAGCCAGACUCCUCUGAAGCUCACAAAUUAACGUUAUUUGUGUCAUUCGUACCUUUAGUUUAUAGAUGUUUGUAUUGUAAGACAAAUGCAUUUUGGCUGUUACAUAACUGUAGCUGGCUUCUCCAUGCACCUUGGAAGUCGAUACAUGUGUUUAAGAAGCACAGAUGCAGAAUGACAACAACAAAUAACUAUGUUAGAGGGGUAAAUAAUAAGACUGUUACUUUACAAAGUGGUUUUGUUUAAGAUAAAUUAAGUUUCAUGCUGUAAAAACAACCUAGAUACGAAAAAAAAGUGCAAAGAAAUUGAUAAAUUAAGCAAAACAAUGUACAAAUUAAAUAAUACCUCCUGCCUCUGAAAGAUACCAAAAACAGUUAAACUGCUAAUAUUUAUUUGUUGUAUUUUUCACAAUUAAACUAAUGACAUUUAUCAUGUUAAAAUUGAGCUUCAGAGGCGUUCUCUGGCAGAUUUAAGCUCCGUUUCCAGUGUAUGUGCUAACAGUCGUACGGCACUGAUAUAGCUUCAUAUUUAUUAGAGUGGUAUCAGUCUUCUCAAUUUGUCCAAAAGCAUAAUCCCAAUAAAUUACAAACUAUUCUGUAAACAAGCUACUUUAAUUAAAUGAAAAUGCUUAUUUUUCUCAA